GAGACACAACAGACACAAGAGCCUGAGAAACACCUGGAUUCUCCUGGACUGCAGACGUGGAUCAGGAACGCGGUUGGAUUUUAUGUUGUGACGGAUCUGAGAUGAAGAUGAUGUCCAGCAUCCUGCUGCUCCUCAUCCUCAGCUCAUGUCUCUGUGCAGCAACAUUUGUAGUGAAUGUGACACAGAGCAGCUAUCAGGCAGAGGAGAAGCAGAACAUCACUCUGGAGUGGACCUUCACCACCAAGACUCAGGGAACCUGGAAGAAUCUGUUCAUCUACUGUGAAGCGAACACGGAUCAUGGAGUCUUAGUUCUCUAUCAGGUUCAUGAAGGAGUUGAGAUUCCAGAGUCUCAGGAUGAUCAGUUUUCAGGACGAGUCCAGAGCGACAAAGACGUCCUCAGAGAAGGACGAAUCAGACUCCAUGUGUCCAGACUGAGGACUGAAGACUCUGGUCUGUAUCUGUGUGACGUGAAAACUGGAGAUGGAUCCAACUCUGGAAGAUGUCGACUCAACGUUUCUGCAGCUGCUGAUCAGAUCCAAACUCAGAGACCAAGAUUGACUCCAGAACCAGAGAGACGAGGAAGGAACAUCAUCUUCAUCAUCAUCAUCACUGUGGGACUGACAGCACCAGCUCUGAUGAUUCUAAUAAUGUUGAUUAAUUUGUUUUGGAAGAAAAGAAAGAAUAAUUUAACAAGUGUAGAUGAAGAAAACAAUCCAGAUAUAAAGUUGUUCAUGAUAGUUUAGUUUAAAACUAAUUUUUCCAGCACAGAAAUAUCAGAUUUAUUUCCAUUUAUUCUGAUCAACAUGUUGGAUCAUCAAUGAAAGUUUGUAAUAAUGACGACUUUCAUGUAUUGUUGUUGUUUUAGAAAUUUUAAAUAAUUUCUAAAGGUUUCUGGACUCAGUAAGAAUUAUUGACCAAUUAUUAUGUCUGAUAACUGAUCAAUAAUUAAGACUGAACCAUUGAUCAGAUAUUGGUUCAUUGAUCAUCAGUCAUUUUGGGGUUUUUCACAUCAUCACUGGGAUCAAAGUGAUGAUUUUGUUACGUUUACAUAAUGUUUUUUUAAAAAAAUCUUCCUAUUGUUGAAUUAUGCAGAUAUUAAAUGUUUAUUUUCACAGAUAUUUUUAAUAAAUACUUUUAUAAAUAUGUUAUGAAAUGAAACAUCUACAGAUUUUGAAGAGUUUGUUAUAAAAAUAAACUUUUCCCUAUUUUUAGGUGAAAUCAAAAAAUUAAUUUCAAAAGGGACAUUUUUAUACGUUAAAUUUAUUUUAGAAAUCAACACAAAACAUUGACAUAAAAGUGUUUUGGUUUCCUUUAACAUGAAUCUUUACCAUCAGUAUUAUUUUGUUGUUUCUUUGUUGAAACGUAAAUAUGAAAGUUUGCAUUUCAUUACAAAACCAUUACAUUUUCAACAAGUUGAAAGUUUUUUAUUUAAACUUAAUGUUUUAACUCAAAGUGUCUCAAUAGUUUUCAUAUUUGAUCAAAUGUAUUUUUGUGACUCUUGUGUUUUUAUAUCAUGUAAUGUGUGAUUAUGUUACUGUGAGCUGCUGAACUGAAAGUAUUUUAUUGUAAAUAUUGUAAAAUGAAGAAGCUGAAGUUUAAUAAAUAUAACUAAUGAGAUUUAAAGAAGAUUUAUUAGUACAAUAAAAUAAUAACAUGUCUGUGUUGUUGUUCUGCUGCAGGAAGAAAAAUCUAAUAAAUCCUCUGUGUUGUGAUAGAAACUCUCUGGUCUUUAUGUGAGCCACUUUCUGCAGAUGAAAAAUCAUUUAUUAAAGUUAUUUAAGCUCAUUUUAACAAUAGAAAAUGAAAACAUUUUAGAAAAUUACUUUAACUCAAUGGUUUUUACAAACUGCAGAAACAUAAAUGGUUUUGGUUAAAAAUGUUCAGCAGUAAGAAACACAGUGAAAAGUGAAAAAAGCUUUAAUUGUAUUUUACUGUAAAUAAAAUGUAUUAAAAGU